AUGGCGGUGCACCAGGCCCACCCCAUUUCUCCUCCCACUGCCCUGCCAUUGCCUGCCCAAGGAGGCGGUCAGAGAGACGAGGACGAGGUGGACCCUCUGGAUGCCUUCAUGGCAGCAGAGGUACUCCCAGAGGUCGCUGCACGUGAAGCUGAGGAGAAGAAGCGUGCCGAAGAUGAGCGUGCCAAGCUGAAAGAACUCUUGGCGAAGGGCAAGCUGCCAAAGGCACUGGAAGAGUUGAUCCAGGACGAUCAGGAGGAGACUCCUGAUGAGAUCAUCGAGGCGAGUGUGAAGCUGGUGGUCGGCCCGGCAGGAGAGAAGAUCAAAUUCAUCCAGCGAAAGAGCAAGUGCCGCAUCCAACACGCAAAGGAAGAGCAGGAACUGGAAGUUGGCUUCGGCAUGGGACCUCUGUACAAUCUCCCCAUCAAGACCAAUGACCCCAAUGCACCUCCCAAGAUGACCAAGCUCCUCUUAUUUGGUGAUUCCACCGCGGUGGAGGCUGCGAGAGUGCUGAUCAUGGAGGCCAUCGACAACCGGGAACAGAAAGUCAAGCAGCGCCAAAAGGAAUACGAUAAGAAGAAGGACGCAAAGAGGCUGCAGCGGCAACUGUACCACAUGAGGCACGCCCUUGACUAUGAGACGCUGGGCCUCCCACUGGGAGCAUCCAAAGCUGACUGCAAAGCCGCCUAUCGCAAGCUGGCCCUGCAGUGGCAUCCCGACAAGAACAUGGACCGGCGAGAAGAGGCAGAGAAGAUGUUCCAGAACAUCUCCAAGGCCUACGAAUCACUCAUGUCCACUGACGAGGAUGCCACCAUCCAACAACUUGCACAUUGA